GGUUCUCUGGCAGCCAGUGGGGGGUGCUGUGUCCCUGCCCUGACAUCUCCAGGCCUGGACUGCCCCAUCUCCUCAAGCCCUCCUACACCUGGAGCCCCCACCUCCUGUCUCCUCCCCCAGCCCCUCUCCCCGCUGGAGGCUUCCCCUCCGAACCACACCAGAGCCAGCCUACAUUGCUCUCCCGCUACACGCCCUGAUAAGCAAAGGAACCACCAGAUCUUACUGCCACAGGUUGACCUGCCCCUCCCCCCCCCCCCCGGUGUAUUUACCUUCCCUUUGCCAUUGUUGGCAUUAAUAUUUCUACCUAAAACAACCCACCAUGGCUACCAUCACCGGCACCAACCAGUGAGAUCAGAUUUGCAUUAAGUUGAGAGUUCCAACUGUAAUUGGGUAAUUACUACUGAAAGUAGCAAGAUGGCAGCAAACCCUCCAGGUCAAGGUUUUCAGAAUAAAAAUAGGGUUGCAAUCUUGGCAGAACUAGACAAGGAGAAGAGAAAAUUACUUAUGCAAAACCAGUCUUCCACGAAUCACCCUGGAGCCAGAGUUCUGCAGCCAUUCUGCCAAACAUCUGAUCUUCCCAUCAUGAAGAAUAUGGACCCAUGCAUUGCACUUGCAAGAUCUUCCCUUAAUAAGGAUUUCCGGGAUCAUGCUGAGCAGCAGCACAUAGCAGCACAACAAAAAGCAGCAUUACAGACUGGACCCCUGUCUGACUGGACUCCUGCCUGGCCUUUCCUUCAGGUGGCUUUAGCAGUCUUUCUUAAUGUGCAAACAGGCCAUAGAGAGGAGGAGUCUCAUUUGCCUUCCUCCCCACCGUUUAAUAGGAUUUACAUAAGACAGGAAUCCUUUGUUUCCCAAACUUGACUCUCUUUCCCUUCCAGUGGAAAGUUACAAGUCGUCCCAGGUAAUGUUUAAUGUCGGGUGGCAAGACCCCCUGACUCUGUAGUAUCACAGCAUCCAUGAGUCAGUGGCAGUAUGGAGCGUCCACAGGAAGGCUAAGCCUUACCACAGUCCAUUGUCCUCGCUGAUGGGCCAUCAGCCCUGUCUGGCUUUUCCAUGGUUGUACCAUGGUUCAUGGUGUUAGUAGUGGGCAUCACCCAAAAUAGCAUAGUUGAAAUACAGAUUCAUAGUCCAUAUUCUUAACUUCAGAUACAGAAAUGAUACAGGCAUACAAAUGGGAUUAAUCACAUUCAGUAAAUUAUAACCUUUCCAAUGGUGUCUUGCAAGACCCAUCUUGCAUAAGGUACAUCUCAGUUAUUCAUUCAUAUCGUAAGCAUAUUUUCAUAAAGAAUAUGGAGUGAAACAUCACAUACACAACAAGCCCAAUCAAGAGUAGGGAUCUAUACUGACAGGUCUCGGCAUAUGGUUUGUGACUCAUUUGGGUCCAACGGACCAAUAGAGGUCCCAAAUCAAUGGGAGCAGGAGUUGGUCCCCAAUUGGAAUCCCAGUGGGAUAUUAGAAGCAGACUAUCUAAUUCAUCUGUUUGGAAGUUUGAAACCAAAGCGUAUCAGCAGGCUCAGACAAAUGUAAAAUAAAUGCAAAACAUGAAGUUUAAACCCUGAAUUAUUUUGGAGCUGGGGGUGGAAUUAAUGAUUUAAACAAGUGUUUUCCUCUUUCCAGCAUGCACAUGCACAUUCUUCAGGAUA